UGUAGGUUCUUAAAGCAGGCCGCAUUAUACAAGCAGGAAAAUAUGAUGAACUUUUACAAGCUGGAACUGAUUUUAAUACUUUGGUCUCAGCUCACCAUGAAGCAAUCGAAGCGAUGGAUAUUCCUUGUCACUCAGAAGAUUCAGAUGAAAGCCCAUCUCUGUCUGGGUCCCUUGUACUUGGUAAAACAUGUGUUACAGCUGAAAAUGGUAUUGACAGUUUGUCGAAGGAAGUGCAAGAAGUUGUGUCGCCCUUGGACCAGAUAGCAAUAAAAGAGAAAAAGAAAGCAAAACGCUUAAGGAAAAAGCAGCUUGUUCAGGAAGAGGAGCGGGUAAGGGGAAGGGUCAACAUGAGUGUGUACUUCUCAUAUAUGGCUGCAGCAUAUAAGGGCUUAUUGAUUCCACUCAUAAUUGUUGCACAAGCACUGUUUCAGUUCCUUCAAAUUGCUAGUAAUUGGUGGAUGGCUUGGGCUAAUCCCCAAACAGAAGGAGAUCAACCUAAAGUUAGUCCUAUGGUCCUAUUAGUUGUUUAUAUGGCCUUUGCUUUUGGAAGCUCUUGGUUUGUAUUUGUUAGAGCUGUUCUGGUAGCUACGUUUGGUCUGGCGGCUGCACAGAAAUUGUUUCUGAAUAUGCUUAGAAGUGUGUUUCGAGCACCAAUGUCUUUCUUUGACUCUACUCCAGCUGGACGGAUCUUGAAUCGUGUGUCAGUUGAUCAAAGUGUCGUGGAUCUUGAUAUUCCUUUUAGACUUGGUGGGUUUGCUUCAACGACAAUUCAGCUUAUUGGCAUUGUUGGUGUUAUGACAACGGUUACCUGGCAAAUUUUGCUUCUUGUUGUUCCUAUGGCCAUUGCCUGCUUGUGGAUGCAGAAAUACUACAUGGCUUCAUCAAGGGAAUUGGUUCGCAUUGUCAGCAUCCAGAAAUCUCCAAUUAUCAAUCUUUUUGGUGAAUCUAUUGCUGGAGCAGCAACAAUAAGAGGCUUUGGACAAGAAAAAAGGUUCAUGAAGAGGAACCUCUUCCUUCUUGAUAGUUUUGCUCGCCCAUUCUUCUGCAGUCUCUCAGCUAUUGAAUGGCUUUGCCUACGGAUGGAGUUACUCUCAACUUUUGUAUUUGCUUUCUGCAUGGUUUUACUUGUGAGCUUUCCACAUGGGAGUAUCGAUCCAAGCAUGGCAGGCCUUGCUGUGACAUAUGGCCUUAAUUUGAAUGCACGCCUAUCGCGAUGGAUACUUAGCUUUUGCAAGCUUGAAAACAAAAUUAUUUCCAUAGAAAGGAUUUAUCAGUACAGCCAAAUUCCAGGAGAAGCCCCAGCGAUUAUUGAGGACUCUCGACCUCCAUCCUCAUGGCCUGAGAAUGGAACAAUUGAAAUGAAUGACUUAAAGGUUCGUUAUAAGGAGAAUCUGCCUGUGGUUCUUCGUGACGUAACCUGUAAAUUUCCAGGUGGAAAGAAGAUUGGAAUUGUUGGGCGUACUGGAAGUGGUAAAUCUACUUUGAUCCAGGCUUUGUUUCGAUUAAUUGAACCAGAAGGUGGGAGGAUCAUUAUAGACAACAUUGAUAUUUCAAAAAUUGGCCUUCAUGAUCUUCGUAGCCGUCUGAGUAUCAUACCUCAGGAUCCUACCAUAUUUGAAGGUACCAUUAGGAACAAUCUUGAUCCCCUUGAAGAGCAUUCAGAUCAUGAAAUUUGGCAGGCACUUGAUAAGUCUCAACUUGGAGAGAUAAUCCGGGCUAAGGAGCAAAAGCUUGAUGCACCAGUGCUUGAAAAUGGAGAUAACUGGAGCGUGGGUCAGCGGCAACUUGUGUCCUUGGGUCGGGCUUUGCUUAAGCAGGCAAGGAUACUGGUGCUUGAUGAAGCAACAGCAUCAGUUGAUUCAGCCACUGACAAUCUCAUCCAGAAGAUUCUUCGAACUGAGUUUAAGAAUUGUACUGUAUGCACAAUUGCACAUCGUAUUCCAACUGUUAUCGACAGCGAUCUAGUUCUGGUACUCAGUGAUGGCCGAGUUGCAGAGUUUGAUACUCCAAUGCGACUAUUAGAGGAUAAAUCAUCAAUGUUUUUCAAAUUGGUAACUGAGUAUUCAUCACGGUCAAGUGGCAUGCCAGAUUUUUAAAAUGGAUGCCAUGCAUGCCUGAGAACCAAGUCAAAGCAGCAAGGACAGAGGACUACCCAAAACUGAACCAGCUGAGUCUGCUCCACUUUUGCUGCUCCAUCCAGCACAUUGAUACACAAACAUGUGGAACGAAGGUGCGUGUUGUGUUAUCAAACCAGCAGGACCCCAAAGGAAAAAAAUAAGUUAUUAGUUCAAAGUGAUUUUGAGUUAAUUCAUCCCCUUAAGCAUAACUGGGGAAUUCAUGCAUGGUUGGCAUGCUUUGUAACACAAAAAAUAAGUGGGGUUGGUAGAGGUAAUAAUAAUUACACGGAAGAGAAAAUGGGCAAGAAAUUAGUGUUCAAUAAUGUAGUGUUUAGACUGAAGCAGGAGGUUGUUAUUUUGUUAGGGAAUUUGUAGAGCUGAACUAGUCAAUGUCAAUCCCACAAUUUCUAGUGAAAAUGCAAUUUAGAUCAAGAUGUUAGACUCAGAAUUCAAUUCAUUUUUUCUAUCAUGUUCAUUGUC